AUGGACUCAAAAAGCAGGAGCUUUUAUCAAAAGUUGCCGGAUUAUUUGCUUGAAACCGAUAAUCAAAAUCAACCGGGACCAUCAGCCGCCUGGCGACCUGGAUAUGCGCAUCCAUUCCUACUCUCUGGAAACUUCUAUCACUAUAUUCCUGCAGUCCCUGCACCCCCUUCAUGGCAUCAGACAAGUUAUAACAACUUUUUGAGUGUGGAGAGGGAGGAAACUCGUCAUUAUCCUCAAUAUGUAAACAAACUUCCACUUCAGAGACAAUUAGAGCCCCAGAUUAUUAAAACUGAACCGUAUUUCUGCGAAAGCAAGCAGCAUUCUCCAGCGGCUGCUGAAAAUGCCUCUCUUAAUCAGAUGAAAGAUUACGAUGAUAUCUAUACAAAAGACACUGUGACCACUGAAGUGAAAAACGAAGAAAAAGAAGAAGAAACAGAAAAUUGUCUCUUACCAAAAAAGUUUUGCAACCGCCCUAUCAAAUUAGAAGAGGUUGACACAAUAGAAACUCCAAUGAAUGAAAGCAACGUAUCUGAAACAAAUUCCGUUUUUCCAUCAUCACUCGUUCAAUUCACCGAACCAAAAAGUUUUACUAAAGAGCCUUGUAAUCGUCAGAUAAAGUUGGAGGAGAUUGAUACAAUAGGAACUCCAAUGAACGAGAACAGUGCAUUUGAAACAAGUUCUGUUUGCCCAUCAUCGAUUACUAAAUUCACCAAACCAAACAUUUUGACAGUAAAAAUCGAUGACUCCGUGUCUCUUGAUACUAACGAUCUCUCUGAAAAAAUUUUGAAUGAAUUGAAAAAACAUCAAAUUUCACAAACGGUGUUUGCAAAGAAAGUGCUGGGCCGCAGUCAGGGGACAGUCUCUGAAUUGCUCAAGCACCCGAAGCCGUGGGAACUAUUGCACACAGCAGGACGAGAAACUUACCACAAGAUGAAUAAUUGGCUUGUUCUCCCACUCCAAGAACGUCUUGAUAAACUGGGAGACUAUAAGACCAUUUCUUCGACAAAAUUAAAACCAUAUUCGAAAUCUCGCGAAAGAUUUUUCUUCACAUUGGUUCAGAAGAAAACUUUGGAGGCUUUUUUCAAGUCGCACCCAAAUCCAUCAGACGAAUUAAAAGUGGCCAUUGCUGAGCAACUUAAGAUUGAUUUGUCUCAAGUGUCGAACUUUUUCUUCAAUUCUCGACGUCGUAUUCGUUACUCAAAGCUUGGCCAACAAAUGAAUCAAUCAGGUUCUGAUGAUAUCUCCGAGGCAUCGGCCUAA